AACGAUACCGAAAGAAGUUUGUAAGAUAUAAGUGGAGGGAAUACCUGAGAUGAUAGUUUCAUAACAUUUGCGGUCAUGAAAAUUUACAAUAAUUAUCUGGUGGGAUGCAAAGAAAUGUCCUUCCUGUAUGUUAUGAAGUUUAAUAUCACGUGUACAUACCACGUAACUUUGUAUGUAUAUGCAUGUUUAAAAACGACUUUAUGUAAAGUGUUAUCUAUUUUAUGCAAUAUUUUAAAAUGUUUUAAUCCUUUCGUGUCAAGUUGAAUGAUGGAGGGCGCGGAUACAGUUUAUGACGUCAUAGUGGUAGGGGCCGGCGUUGAAGGAUCUUCCACGGCUUAUUAUCUGGCAAAAUGUGGCAGACGAACAAUGCUUUUGGAACAGUUUCCCUUGCCCCAUAGCCGUGGCAGUUCGCACGGACAGUCCCGUAUUACACGGAAAGCAUACGGCGCCAAGGAUUUCUACACGCAGAUGAUGAGUGAGGCAUUUUCUAUGAUUGAUGAGUUACAAAAUGAAUGUGGAGAACAGCUCUUUAUCAACUGUGGCUGUUUAGUUAUUGGUCCAAAAGAUGAUCAUUUUCUGUCCGAGACAAAGAACUGUAUGAAACGAUAUGGUAUUCAACACGAUCAACUUAGUAUUGACGAACAACGCAAAAGGUAUCCGAUGAUGACAUUUCCGGACAAUUAUGAGUUUGUUCUCGACAUGUCAGGAGGGUUUCUUAAGUCUGACAAAAUUUUACAGGGUUUUCAGAGUCAAUUUGUUCGGUAUGGAGGGGUUUUACAUGAUGGGGAACCACUGGUGGAUCUUAAGCCGGGUACCAUAGUGACUGUGCAGACGACAAAAGCAGCCUACCAGGCUCGAAGCGUUGUGUUGACAAUGGGUCCAUGGGCUGGUAAAUUUCUCCCUCGUAUUGGGCUUAACGUACCAUUGCAGCCGCAGAAAAUUACAGUAUGUUACUGGAAGGACAAACAUGGCAGAAAUGACUUCAACAUUGAUAAUUUCCCGACGUUCACAAUGAACGGUGCUGCCGGUAAACACCAUAUUUACGGUCUCCCAGGAAAUGAAUAUCCAGGACUGGUCAAAAUAUGUCUUCAUACGGGUCCAAAUAUUGAUCCGGAUAACAGGGACGGCGUGGACAAUGCCUGGGUUUUAGACGUUAUGAAGUUAGUUAUUGCCUCUCAUUUUCCAUCUCUGGAAAGAGAGCCAAGUAUUGUAGAAUCCUGCAUUUAUACGGUGAUAAGUAUCUCACAUGUUCUUAAUCUAUUAUUACAAUAUUAUAAAACACAUAUAUGCCCUUUCUACAAAAUGGUCAGGCUUGGCAGGGAGAUCAAAAGGAAACCAAGUGACGCCGAUUCACCACAAAGUGGAAAAAACAUAGUUAUAGGAGCUGGAUUUUCUGGUCACGGGUUCAAGUUGUCGCCUGUUGUUGGCAAGGUGCUGGCACAGUUAGCAACAGGACAGGAUCCUUCAUACGACCUAUCACAUUUCAAGAUCGGCAGAUUCUUUCAAACUAAACUGUAAACAUUUGUGCAGUAACCUACCUACACAUAUCCGUGUACUGUGCGUAUAAUUUACCGAGUUAUAUCAGUAUAAAACUUGAUUUGAGUGAGUGAAAGGAGU